UAUAUUUGCAAUCAGAACGUGGCUAACGGCAAUAUAUUUCGAAUGAAUUCGAGAGGGAUUGUGUGCAUCGAAUCAAACGGAAGCAAAUCACUCGAAAACAUCGUGAAAUGCAAACAUUGCUUCAAACAUGGAUCAGUUACUAUUUGAAUGUAUGAAUUCAGCGGCACGACCGAAUGUACCGAGCAGUAGUUGUGUAGAAUAACAUUUGGCCUAACAACGACACUGCCUAUCACACGAACUUCCAAAAAUUAAAUGUCAAAAUCAUAACCGAUACUUACAAAUCACUCAGCCCGGAUAUAUCAUACGUGCACAUAUACAAGACAUAUUAGCAGUUCUCAAUUACUCGGGGGGAGAGAGAGAGAGAGGGAGAGAGAUAGUGUUUGGAAGAGAAAAAUAAAGACAAAGCGAAAACAAACGGAUACAAACUGCCAUUGAAUCGAAAACAUGUAUUGCACUUGCAACUUAAACAAUCAAUGGCUCCAACAUCGUCUUUCUAAUCAAAAUAUGUCAACAGCUGGUUGCAAUCACAGUGGAUCGACGCAACAAAUUCAAUCAAACGGACCAGCCAUACUGAAAAGCUGUCUCGGUUCGACUACCUCACAUUCGUGUUUACCAAAUAUUUUGUCACAAUCACAAAAUCAUUUGCACUGUUCAGCUAACCAAAUACCGCAACACCAACCACAGCCACAUUCACAAAAUGUGACAACACCGUGACGAUAUUACUGUACUUGUAAGACCCAGUGUAUUUUAUGUUCAAAUUCAUCGUGGUGGCCCACCUGUCCGAGGCUCACUGCUUCCCAAUCAACGUCCAAUUGCCAUCCAGGCAAUACCUCAACAUUUUUUAAAACCAAAGAAAACCAAUUAAAUAUGUCUAACGGAAAUUGUUCACCAGCGAUGUCAGCAUCACCUGUUCCAGCAGCACCGCCGCAACCUCCACAACGCACUUGUUCUCGAUGCCGUUUUACCGUCGUUGAUAAUCAUACUGGCCAAUCAUCAGCACCCAACUAUGGCAAUGCCAAUAAUUCAUACACAGGUUAUGACGGUCGUGGAGGUCGUUAUUAUGAAGAAGAAGAUUCAGCAUGUCCUGCGUUACUUGAACGCGAAUUUCAUUCGAUACAUCGAAAUGUUCCUGGCUUACGCCGAGCUGGAGUUGAUACUAAUGCCAUACGACAGCACUUUUAUCCGGACGGUGGUUAUGGAUGGAUAGUUUCUGGUGUUGCAUUCCUUGCCCAUGUAAUGACAACCGGAUUUCAACUUUCCUAUGGUUUACUUUAUCUCUUUGCAACACGUCACCUCGGCGAAGAUGUGGCAACGGAAACGAGUAAGUAAUGAAAAAUAUAUUUGAGGUUUAUGUCUCACUAUAGCUUAUAUAUAUAUAACCUCAUCUCAUUUAAAAUGAUGAAAAUCAUCUCGAUGAAUCGCAUUCACACCGUAUGCUUUCUUCAUUGC